AUGCCAGUGGACACUCCUUACUCUAAGUGCCCCAUAUGCUUGGACAGAUUUGAUAAUACUGUGUAUCUAGAUCCUUGCCGGCACAAGUUCUGCUUCUCUUGUAUCCAAGAAUGGUCCAAAAUCAAAGCAGAAUGCCCAUUCUGCCAACAGCCCUUCUUUUCUCUUUGUCAUAUAGUUCAUGCUGAAGAUGACAUAUCUAGGCCAGAAGAAAAUGAAUCUUUUUCCUACUCUGAUUGCAGCAUCAUCACUUCUGCUGAAAGAACUUUUGACUUAAAGGCAUGGGAUCAGCAUACCAGUUCUGACUAUCCUACACCAUUGCACAAUGAAGGAAGCAGCUCAGACUCAACAACUCUUGUAGUCUUUCCAGAUGAGGUGGAUUCUCAAGUGCUAGAGCAUGGUUCAUCUAAGCAUAGUGUUGAUUGGUUGUCCUGGAAUGAUGAAACUCCAGGUCCUUCAAAAGAGUAUAAUGCAAUCAUAACUUCUCCAGAGGUAUUAGAGAGCUCUGAUGAGGACUCUGUUUGGGAGAGAACCACACUGCAUCCUCAGUUACAGGUUGAUGUUGAUUCCAGUGACAGUGACUCUUCAGAGUACCGCAAUAUCACUGGCUAUGUUAAUCUCUAUGCUGACAGGACACCAGAACUGACUGAGCUGUCCUCAGACUCUGAGGACUCUGUCAGGGAGAGGAAAAAGGAAGAUAUGAAGAAAGAGCAGUCAAUCCAGGGUGUCAGCUGGAGUGAUAGAGAACUGAGCACGACUUCAAUACCCUUCUCUCCCUUGUACAAGAAGCAUGUGAGUAGUCAUAAAAGCUCCUUGCUCUCUGUAGUCAAAAAGAUAGUGUCAAUGGAUGAACAGGAGAACAAAGAUCAUUCUCCGCGUGAUUCAGAUUGGAGCCUGUCUCCAGGGAUGGAAAAUGCUUGCUCUUCUCACAGCCAGAGACUGUCCGGAAAGAGAAAGAUCAGUAGUCCACAGAACAGUGAAACUACUCAUGGCCAUCAGCCUUGGAGGAAGCACCUCCUUGUUAAAUACCAGUUUAAAAAGAGACUAUCAAAAAGCAGAGAUGGCAGCAAAUGUUGGAGCAAAAGAAGCAGGAGAUCAAGGCUGCAUGACACGAGCCCCUCUCUAAAAAGUCAGACAGAGUCCACUAGUUGUGAGAGCACUAGCUCCAGAGAUUCAAGCAGAUCAUGGUCACAUCACAAAGGCCAUGGCCAAAGGAAAUCAAGCAGCCUAGACAGUGAUUGUUGUUAUAGAAGAGCCUGUUACCAAAGCAGUUACCUGUUACACAGUCCAAAGACAGCUGGAGACAGCUUCUCUUGCAGUAAGAGCACUCAGACUAAAGCUCAUUGCUCGAACAAGUCUCCUGGUCUGGAAUCCAGGAUCCAGUCCUUCACCGGAAGGACAGAUCUGCAAAGCCAAAUGGGAUUCCAGGAGAGACAGGACUCCUGUUACAAACAACGCAGAUCAAGGAGCCGAUCAAGCUCCAGAUCAAGGAGCCCUUCUGGAGAGGCAGACAGAACAAGAAGCAAAAAGCCUGGUGGAAAGAGAAAGUGCAAAACUCGACACUUGGAGAACACAGAGAAGGGGAGCACCACUAUGGAGAAAAAAUAUAGUCUCCCAACAUUCAGUGACUGCUACAAAAAUAAAGGCAGCCUUUCAGACAACCAAGAAAGUAGUGAGAUAAAACAUGAGGAAAAGAAUAAAAGUAUGGGAAAUCCAAGUGCGGAGGGAGUCUAUAAGGGGACAGAGAUAAUGAAGUGUUCUUUAAAGAAAAAGUGUAAGAAGAAACACCAGGAACAUCACUGGAAAGAUGCAUAG